UUUAUUGUCUCCUAAACAUAAUAUUAAAAUAGCAUUAGACUAUUAGUUAAUUAUAAAAUACCAAUCACUAAACCCUUUGUAAUCUCCGCUCUCACCGUACAAAGCUCCAAACAUGCGACGGGGAUUUCGGUCUAAAACAAGACCCGAAAAUCUAUCAUCAAAAUUAUCGAUUCUGUUAGUGUGCCUGUCCAGAGGUUUUAACCUUUUACUUUUCAAAACUGAAUCUUGUUAAGAAGAAGAAGAAGAAGAAAAAAAGGCCUGCACUAUUUUUACUCGAAUUGAGCCAUGGCAUUUUCUAGUGAUUCGAUGCUUCAAAAGAUCUUUGCAAAGAGCCCGGCUUUUGAUUCAAACAAAAGGGUCUUUGGAAAACCAGUGAGUAUUUCUGGUGGGGCAAUUUCUUGCAAUGAAAGGAAUCUGAAGAGUAAAGGCAGGAUUGCAGUAAAAGCAGCAGCAGCAGCAGAUGUUAUGGGUUUGAAGAAUCAUGAGGUGAAUCUGGAUCUGGGGUUUGAUGUGGUGGCUGAGAGAGAGUUGAGAGAAAAAGGGUUCUUGGGGAUGAGGAAGACAAAGCUAGUGUGCACUAUAGGGCCUGCUUGUUGCUCUCUGGAGGAUUUGGAGAGAUUGGCAAUGAGAGGGAUGAAUGUGGCUAGACUUAAUAUGUGUCAUAAUACAAGAGAGUGGCACCGUGAUGUCAUUAGGAAAAUCAAGAAGUUGAAUGAAGAGAAAGGGUUUUCUGUUUCGGUUAUGAUUGACACUGAAGGUAGUCUGAUUCAUGUUGUGGAUCAUGGAGUUCCUUCCUCUCUCAAAGCAGAGGAAGGUUCAGUUUGGGUAUUUACAGCUCAAAAGUUUGAAGGUUCUCGUCCAUUUACUGUGCAAGCCAAUUAUCAAGGCUUCUCUGAAGGCAUCAUGGUGGGUGAUGAACUGGUUAUUGAUGGUGGAAUGGCAAGGUUUGAAGUUGUCGAAAAGAUGGGGAAUGAUUUGCAUUGCAAGUGCACAGAUCCUGGUCUAUUCCUACCUCGAGCCAAAUUAAGCUUCUGGAGAGAUGGGAAGCUUUCCUAUCACGGUCUUCCAACUCUAUCCCCAAAGGAUUGGGAAGAUGUUGAUUUUGGAAUUUCUGAAGGUGUUGAUUUUAUUGCCAUGUCAUUUGUAAAUGAUGCUGAUUCUGUCAAGGAUCUGAAGAAUUAUCUCUUUGCCAAAACGUCCAAAUCAAUAAGAGUACUGGCAAAAAUUGAGACCUUGGAGUCUCUUCAGAAGCUGGAAGAAAUUGUAGAGGCAUCUGAUGGAAUCAUGGUGGCUCGUGGUGACCUAGGAGUUGAAGUUCCACUUGAACAGAUUCCAACAGUCCAGGAGGACAUAACUCGCUUAUGUAGGCAGAUGAACAAGCCAGUAAUUAUUGCUUCUCAACUUCUUGAAUCCAUGGUUGAAUAUCCAACUCCAACACGUGCUGAGGUGGCAGAUGUUUCUGAAGCUGUUCGACAGUAUGCAGAUGCACUGAUGUUGUCUGGUGAAUCAGCUAUUGGGUUACAUGGGCAGAAGGCUCUUUCUGUCUUGCAGGUGGCCAGCAGUCGAAUGGAACUAUGGAGUCGCGAGGAAAACCGACAGAGUACUCUUCAUAACUGUCAGCUGGGAGGUUCAUUGUCUGAUUGCAUCGCUGAAGAAAUAUGCAGUUGUGCUGUUCAAAUGGCCAACAACCUUGGUGUAGAUGCUAUCUUUGUGUACACAAAGCAUGGUGAAAUGGCAUCACUUCUAUCUCGCAAUAGGCCUUACCCUCCCAUAUUUGCUUUCACGAGUGACAGUGAUGCUCGGAUGGCUUUGAAUUUGCAGUGGGGAGUUAUCCCACUUCUUGUUGACUUGGCAGAUGAUAUGGAAGCCAACAUCUCAAAAACCAUUGAUCUGAUGAGAGCAAAUGGAAUGGUAAAAGAGGGAGAGGCUGUCCUGGUGGUCUCAGAUUUAACUGCAGCACAUGCAACUUCAACGACAUUCCAAUCAAUCCAGGUGAAGAUCAUUGUUUAGCAGAAUUUCUCCCUUCUGAAUUCUGUUCACUUAUGUACGUUAGGUAUCAGUGAAAGGUAAAGUAAAAGAGGAAACUUCGAGUCCGAGGCAGAAGGGUGCACAUACCCUUUUUAUUUGCGUGGUUUUGUUCUUAUUCCAUUAUAUGAUGAUUGUGAGUGGACUAAUCCUCAAUGUUUGAAGGAAAGUUUGUGAUUAAAACUUGGAUGUUGGAUCCAUCUGUUCUUGAAGAGAAUGCAUAGAACUACAAUAGAAGAUGUGUAAUGGUCCAUUCAAUCAAAUGAAUUUGGUUUAUUAAA